UUUUCUCGACAACCAAACAAAUCGUAAAAGUUUUGUACUCUGAUCGGAAAUCAAUGACUACCCUAUCGAAAAGACAGCAAGUCUAGAUAUCGAUCUAGUUAGAUACUCGACGUGCAAAUGUUACGGUUUCUCUUAUUCUCUUUGAUUUUCUUGCGGUUUCUUACUAACCAAACAGUUAUAAUGUAAUCCAACUCAGCACUGAAUAAUGGUCUUUUCCUUGCAUUGACGAUGACCUACUUUCGUUCCCAGUUGUACGGUUACUCCAAGUGUUGGAAUUUAGGUAUAUUAGGUCAACUGGAGCUAUAAUCGAGUCAGAUUUGCACCAACACCAUUGCCUUUUGAACAAUGUCUCUCCCAUUAUGAUCUUUCACACACACACACCCACACACACACACUAUUAUAUAUAUAUAUAUAUAUAUAUAUAUAUAUAUAUAAUCUUUUGUAUGCAAAGGAAAUUUCGUGGGAUUUAGUUCUGGGAGUGUCCAGCUUGAAUCCGGUUGGAUUCAGCUCAACAAGCCUUUUCUACACUUUUAAUGGAUUAAUUUAGAAAAUAGAUUAUUCUUUACUGGAUUGAUUAAUAGAAGUAUUAAAUUUGCCAAUUUAAGCAACAGCCAAAAGAAAAUCAGGUUUUGGGGAACCCCACUUGUUGAUUAAUCAUGAGCUUGUCAUUGCUGUAUGUGGGGACUACUAUUCUGCUACUGAUCUAUAUAAAUUUUGCAUUAUUACAUGUUUGAGUCAUUGAUGUGGUUGUUGAUGAUUAUCUCGUGUUCAUGUUCUAGGCUGUCUCCAAAAUUGACAGGUGGGGAGACGGAUUAGUUCACGUUAAUUAUAGUCGAGGAUUUUGAGGUAAUCAAGAACAAGCCGUUUUGUAUGAUUUGAAUUUGAAUUCCGAGUAAUUUUCAUUUGGUUUGGCAGAAUUAUUGGUAUUGCCAAAUGCAUUGCAUUUAAAUAUCUAAUUCAUGAUGCUUAUCUUCCUAUUUAUAUUUUCAGCUGUUAAUAUCACCCAACAUAUUUGGACCCAUCCAUGUAUCUGAGUGCUUGUCUUGUUAAUCCCAUUAUUAAGUAAACUCUAUGAUCAAAAUUUUAUCGGAAGUUUAUGGUAUCAAAUCAACCUGAGUGCUUAAAAACUAUUAGUUAUGAAAUGUUGAGGUUAAAAUAUUUUCAGUUGUUUCUUCUUCUUUGAUUUAUUGUUACUGAGUGUAAAAUAAAAUAAAAGUUCUAUUCUUAUUUACUUUGUUCUGUAAAUGAAGUAAAAAUUUUACAUUGAAGGGGAAAGUAGAAAAAAUGCUUCACCCACCCCACAAUUCCAUGAAAUUUACAAUUAUGACGAUCUCUUUGCUUUUAUAAUUAUAAAUCUACAUGUUUUUGUGAAGAAGGAGAAUUUUUGUAAUAAUAAUUCCUAAUUAUGUUUUUACUUUUUCCUAUUUGAAGCAUUACAGCAUAUUUUCUUGAUAUUUUGCUACUGCGUUAAUCAGUUGUUUUUGUAAUCACUACUCAAUUCUAACUUAUACAUGUGCGUUUCCUAUACAUACAAUUCCAAUCGUAGUUUGUGUUAUGAAUUUUGUCAAAUCUGAGUUGUUCAUUAAAGCAUAAAACAUAGAAAAUUACUAGUGCUGACAAAAUUUCAAGCCCUCUAGUUAUUUUGCUCACCUUACCAAAGAUCUUUUUAUUUCGUCGUAUAUCGGUUGAAUCAAUAUGUCAUUUUCACAUAAAGCAGCCUGCACUUAUUAAACGUGGUGUGAUUUACGCAAUGUAUAAUAAGUGCUAUGGUUGGUCGGCAUGUGUUCUCUGGAUCUUGUGGAGUUCCCACUUAGUCACCCUGUACUCAAUGCUUAUCCCAAAACAGUAGUAUUUGAUGAGAAUUCUCUUAUAAGUUGCUGUCUCCAGUGAAGAGAAGAGUAUACUGUUUUUUGGUGCUUCCGCUGAAUUUGGAUCAUUGAUCAACCUGCAGAGCUGCUUGCUUGGUAGAUUGCUAUUGGUGUUGAAGAAGGGACAUCAGAAAUCUAUUCUGUCCGGUAGUUCAAAGCCGCGGAAAUGAUUAAAUGAAAAGCAUGUUUAUGUAUCUAAAAUAAGUAUAGUUGCUUUAUGAUGGAAAACAGCAAACAUCAGGGUUUGGCAGAGCAGGAUUCCCCUGAAGUGGUUCCAUCACUCAUCAAAUUUGUAAAUGCAAAUGAAGUGGCCGGGUUUGAUAGCGUUAAAGGACAGAGUUGCUUGAAUAAUCAGUUUCAACCAAAUGGCUUCCAUUCUUUCAGUCUCUCAGCUGCCGGAACUGGAGCAGAAAUUUCUGAAAGGCAGACUGAUCUUUCCCAGCACCAGGGAAUGCAUUCUGUUUCUCUCAGCAUGCCGUUUUCUCCUAUGGAUGUUCAUUUGCAGAACAGUAAAUCAGUUCCCUUCAAUGAUUAUGAAACAAUUUUUAACAAUGAUAUUGAAAAUUCUUCUGUUUCAUCGAAUACUGCUGGCUCCAAGGUGGCAAAUCAGGCAAAAAUUCUCUCAGAGUCCAUAACUACAGGAUCUGCAUUUGAUGAGGCAGUUAGAAAUGGAAAAUUUCCCCACCGUCCAAAACUUCCGCCAAGGAAUCCAAGGGCUGAUAGACUGAAGGAUAACAGAUUUGAUUCAUUCAAAACAUGGUCCGGGAAACGACAAUUAUCGAAAAGGGAAAGUGGGUCAGAAGCGAACAUGUCUCAGAAUGUGGAGAAGAAGAUUUUACCUGCAGAUCGAUACUUUGAUGCCUUGGAAGGGCCAGAGUUGGAUACCCUUCGGCCUUCAGAGGAAAUACUGCUUCCAGACGACAAGCAAUGGCCAUUUCUUCUUCGCUUUCCCAUCUCUUCAUUUGGUAUCUGCCUUGGCAUAAGUAGCCAAGCCAUAAUGUGGAAAAUGUUGGCCAUUUCUGCUUCCAUGAAGUUCCUCCAUGUAAGCCUGUAUGUAAACCUCAUACUGUGGUGCAUAUCUGUUGCUCUGGUCGCCAUUGUAUCUUUCAUUUACUCUCUGAAAGUGAUUUUCUACUUUGAAGCAUUCCGUCGUGAGUACUACCACCCAGUCCGUGUUAACUUCUUCUUUGCCCCAUGGAUAGCCUUUUUGUUCGUAGCUCUUGGAGUUCCACCUUAUGUUACUCAAAACCUGCAUGCAGCUCUCUGGUACAUUUUAAUGAUACCAAUCUUAUGUCUAGACCUUAAGAUCUAUGGACAGUGGAUGUCAGGAGGACAGCGCAGGCUCUCAAAGGUGGCUAAUCCUUCAAACCAUCUCGCCAUUGUUGGAAAUUUCGUCGGAGCAUUACUAGGUGCAUCAAUGGGACUAAAAGAAGGACCCCUAUUCUUCUUUGCUGUUGGAUUGGCUCACUACACUGUCUUAUUUGUAACUCUCUACCAGAGACUUCCAACAAAUGAGACACUCCCUAAGGAGCUCCAUCCUGUGUUCUUUCUGUUUGUUGCAGCACCCAGCGUUGCGUCGAUGGCUUGGGCAAAUCUUCAAGGCUCGUUUGAUUAUGGCUCGCGAAUCGCUUACUUCAUUGCCUUGUUCCUCUAUUUCUCUCUGGUUGUUCGGGUUAAUUUCUUUCGAGGGUUCAGGUUCUCAUUGGCGUGGUGGGCCUACACUUUUCCAAUGACAGGAGCUGCAAUUUCAACAAUCAAGUACACAAACGAGGUCACGAACAUAGUCACUAAAUGUCUCUCUGUUGUGCUUUGUAUCGUUGCCACACUCACAGUAACAGCACUGCUUGUAACAACUAUCUUCCAUGCCAUCGUGCUCCGAGAUCUCUUUCCAAAUGACAUUGCCAUUGCAAUUAGCGACAGAAGGCAAAAAACAUCCCGAAAAUGGUACCAUCGGAGAACUGGCAGCUCAGACACCAAAGAUGUUGACAAUUAUCUUAAAUUUGCAGACCCAGAUAGCAAAGAUAUUGAGGCUGCUUUGAAAUCUCCAAGCUCCAGUACUAAAAAGGUUUGCAUUUCUGGUCCGACUGAAGUCAACAACAAUCACUCACAUUGUGUUCCGACACCUUGAGAAAAUCUUUAUCACCGUUCAACAAGCGAGGUCUCGGUUCAAAGUUUUGACAGUUCCGGUGAACUUGAUGUUCAAAGGGAAAAAUGAGGGUUUGUGUCGGAAAGGGGAGAAUUAAGUAUGAACCAGUGGCAAGAUUGUAAGAUAUGAGUGUUCGUCUUCGUGUCUUUAUUUCUUAAUAAACUGCUAAAUUCUCUCUGAAAAUAGAUUGCUUAAAAGGGAUAAUUUUACAAUACAGUUAUGGUCA